UUCGCCUGGCCUGGAGAAGGCGUGGCCUAGGACUCUGCCCCCUUCCGCAGACUCAAAGCUGGCUGCGGCGGCGGAGGCUGGGUCAGAGCGCGGCGGAUCCAGUGCGGCUUCAAGGAGGCUGCCGCGGAGCAGCGGCCCAGUGGGGCGGAGCAGGAGCAGGCACCAUGGAUUCCUUCAAGGUAGUGCUGGAGGGGCCAGCACCUUGGGGCUUUCGGCUGCAAGGGGGCAAGGACUUCAAUGUGCCACUCUCCAUCUCUCGGCUCACUCCCGGAGGCAAAGCUGCACAGGCUGGUGUAGCUGUAGGCGACUGGGUGCUGAGCAUUGAUGGUGAGAACACAGGGAGCCUCACGCACAUCGAGGCCCAGAACAAGAUCCGUGCUUGUGGGGAACACCUCAGUCUGGGCCUCAGCAGAGCCCAGCCAGUUCAGAGCAAACCUCAGAAGGCCCUGACCCCUCCCGCCGACUCCCCGAGGUACACUUUUGCACCAAGCGCCUCCCUCAACAAGACGGCCCGGCCCUUUGGGGCGCCCCCACCCGCUGACAGCACCCUGCAGCACAAUGGACAGCUGCUCAGACAGGUGGUCCCCGAUGCCAGCAAGCAGCGGCUGAUGGAGGAUACCGAAGACUGGCGGCCUCGGCCAGGGACAGGCCAAUCCCGCUCCUUCCGCAUCCUUGCCCACCUCACGGGCACCGAGUUCAUGCAAGACCCGGAUGAGGAGUACGUGAAGAAAUCAAGAUCUUGCAGCCAGGUGCCCAGGACAGAAGCCCCAGCCCCAGCCUCAGCUCUACCCCAGGAACCCUGGCCUGGCCCUACCACCCCCAGUCCCACCAGCCGUCCACCAUGGGCUGUGGACCCUGCAUUUGCUGAACGCUAUGCUCCAGACAAAACAAGCACAGUGUUGACCCGGCAUAGCCAGCCAGCAACACCCACGCCUCUGCAGAACCGUACCUCCAUAGUACAAGCUGCGGCUGGAGGAGGCGCAGGAGGGGGCAACAACAAUGGCAAGACUCCUGUGUGCCACCAGUGCCAUAAGAUCAUUCGAGGCCGCUACCUGGUGGCACUGGGCCAUGCAUACCACCCUGAGGAAUUUGUGUGCAGCCAGUGUGGAAAGGUCCUAGAAGAGGGUGGCUUCUUUGAGGAGAAGGGAGCUAUCUUUUGCCCUUCCUGCUAUGAUGUGCGCUAUGCCCCCAGCUGUGCCAAGUGCAAGAAAAAGAUCACUGGAGAAAUCAUGCAUGCCCUGAAGAUGACCUGGCACGUGCACUGCUUCACCUGUGCUGCCUGCAAGACACCUAUUCGCAACAGGGCUUUCUACAUGGAAGAAGGGGCGCCCUACUGCGAGCGAGACUAUGAGAAAAUGUUUGGCACAAAAUGUCGAGGCUGUGACUUCAAGAUUGAUGCUGGGGACCGCUUCCUAGAGGCAUUGGGCUUCAGUUGGCAUGACACGUGUUUUGUUUGUGCGAUAUGUCAGAUCAACCUGGAAGGAAAGACUUUCUACUCCAAGAAGGACAAGCCCCUUUGCAAGAGCCAUGCCUUUUCUCAUGUAUGAGUGCAUCCCCACUGCUGUUGUUAACCGCACCCCACCUGAAGGGUGAGCGGUCUGGAGUGAUCACCCCCAACAUUUCUGGGUAGGGCUGACAAUGGUUGUCCCCACGCCAACUCCUGGCUGGAUCCUGGGGUUCCCUGAACCCUGUCUCACCCCUUCACACCUCCCCACACUUACUUUCUCUACCACCAUCACACACUGGUUCUGGCCAUACCAGGCCUAGGUUACUCCAGUGCCACAAUAAACUUGUAUCUACCUGUG